AACGUAAUGCUGUUAAUGUCCCCGACACUCUCUGAUACAGUUUAUGUGGGGGUGCUUCCGGUGAGCUCGCGCUGUCAGCCGGGUGACAGGUUCUGUGGGGCUUCCGGUCAGCGUCUGCUCUCAGCUGGGUGACGGGUUCUGUGGGUCUUCCGGUCAGCUCGUGCUCUCAGCUGGGUGACAGCUUCUGUGGGGGCUUCUGGUGAGCUCGCACUGUCAGAUGCUGAACACAAACAAUGGGAUCGUCUGCCUCAUCACCCCUUGGUUGCUCAAAAGCUUUGAAGCAGGCUAACCAAACAGGCGUGGAAGAAGAUGAUGAUUUGCUGAGUGGAAGAGACAGAGAGGAAGAUAUUGCACAAUUUCCCUAUGUUGAGUUUACGGGAAGGGAUAGCAUCACCUGUCCGUCCUGCCAGGGGACUGGGUGUAUCCCUACAGAGCAAGUUAAUGAGUUGGUGGCAUUAAUACCAUAUAGCGAUCAGAGGCUGCAGCCUCAGAGAACGAAGCUGUAUGUUGUGUUAUCAGUGUUAUUGUGCCUCCUGAUAUGUGGACUGGUUGUGUUUUUCCUGUUUCCACGCUCUGUGAUAGUAGAGGAUGGUGGGACCAAAAUGGUCAAAGUUUGGUUUGAUACACAAAAUAAAGUAAUCACCCUUGCCAUGACGAGUGCCCUGCACAUUAAAAACGCAAACUUUUAUUCAGUAUCGGUGAACAGUCUCAUCAGUCAAGUACAAUAUAUGAGCACUGUAAUUGGGACUGAACAGAAGAACAUUGUGACGCUUAUUCAGCCACUCAGCGACAAACUGGUGGAUUUUACAGUAAAGUUGGAACUGGGCGGGACCCUCUCAUAUUUGUAUAACUUUUGCACAUUGCCUUCGGUGAAAGUGCACAACAUUGUGGUUUUUAUGCGAACAUCUUUAAAAUUCUCCUACAUUGGACAUGUGUCUCAGAGUUCCCUGGAAUCCUACCAGUACAUUGAUUGUGGAGCAAAUUCAACAAUAACUUGGGAUCACUCAAUAAACCAAUAAGGGAAUCACCAAAUAGCAGUAGAAUUAAUACUUAAUGACUCCAUAGAAAGAAUACCACUAUUGUAGUGCGUGUUUACAAACGGUACUAGAAUCUGGAAUAAUAAUUCCCACUUAUAUAGUUCAUUGAAGACUGCCUUGUUUUCACCUGUCAUAAGUAGAGUAUAAAAAAACAUUAAACUUGCAGUGCUGUUUAGAUAA